UCUCGUCGCCUCCGCCCAAUCUUCCCGCCCCAUCUCGUCGCCACCAGGUUGCCCGUUCUCAUCGCUCAUCACUCUCUCUCGUGCCGUGGAACCAGCCAUGGAACAGUUUCUUACCGCCGUUGACACGCUUCUGGACUGUUUGUGGGACAGCGCUCUCGCCAGCGCUCUCGCCCAAUCGCCCAAGACGAAAAAGGAGGAAUUCAUCAAACUGCUGACUCGGGUGAACCACUCUAUUGCCGCUCGGAAGCUCGCAGGCAAAAAGGCACCUGGCAAUGACAAGCCAAUCCAGAAACAGGAUAUCGCAAGCGCUUCCGGGUUUCUGAAGCAAAUUUGUAAAAACGAACAAGGGAGGGAGGCGAAAAAAGAAGAGUUGGAAAAACUGGCCUGCUUGCAACGUUUGGAUGACAGAGCGCUCGGCAUCCUGGCAGUUCUCUGUACAGCAGACGACAUCUUCAAGCAUUCAAUCGGGACUGUUAAGGAGCUUGUGGAAGGGGUCCGGAAAAUAGCAACAUGGUCGCAUUGGCCAGAUGAUCCGAAGCUCGCCGAGGUCGUACGACAACAGAGACCGCCGGGCAUCGCGUUCGAGGGCAUCUCAGAAGUCCGCCAACCAGCAAGCAGCUCGGCACCGAUGGUUGUUCGGCCUGGCGUACGCAACACCGCGGUCAUGGCCCAGCCGACCCGAUUCGAUCCUGCUCCCCCGUCCGAAGAAGAACAGCUGCUCGUUCCGUGCCGCUGCGGCGCGAAGUUGCGUCUGCUGUUCGCCUGGGAGCAGGCAACUGACGGCCCAUCUCCAACCGCGCUUACCACGACCGAUCCUGCAAGCAAUCCGCCAGGUGCAACCUCGGUACAUGCUGUUGCGCCGCUGGCGGCAGCUCACACCGCGUCCGUUGAUCGAUCAAGCCAGUCUUUCCGCGGUCCCCCCGCAAAUGCACCGCCGCUGCCAAUAACGACAUGCCCUGCCGCGGCGGCCGACGCUACGCUAGCAGCAGCGCAGUUCCCAGGCAUCGGUGUAGCCGCCUCCGAACCAGGGCCUGCGCCACAGCCGGAUGCACCCUCCGCUGUCGCCUCCCAGGCGCUAUCUCUCCGCACAGCUGCCCCGCAACCGAAUCAGCCACGCCUCGCCCAACCCCCGAGGUCCCAGCCGUCCGGCACCGAACAUCAAGACCCCGCUCCUCGGCGGCGUUGCUCCGUCUCGAUCACUUCCGAGGAGCCACCGCAGAAAAGGCAGAACGUCGCCGACCGCGAGCAAUGGGAGGUGGCCUUCGAUGACCCGUCAGACCCUUGUACCCUCGCCGAGUCCCAACAUAAGUCGGCUCCUCUGCCGACCCCGCGACCGGUUAACACGGGCACCCAGCACCCGAUCGAGUGGCUCUCCAAACUGAUGCGUGAGGCUUCCAUGGUCUGCCACUCGUCACAGCCCACACCGCCAAGCGGUGCGCGGACCGUAUUAUACAGACUAGCCACAGAGAGUCUGCUCCCGCGAGCAAGCGACAUGGUAUUUCGCCAAAGGCGGCUGAACCAGAGAGGGGCAGCCAGCGCGGAUCCCUGCCGGCGACUGUUUCCGAUACCCAGUCGCAGCAGGCCAGGCAAAUCGCACCAAUGCCCCGGCGAGUCCACUGCACCGCUUGAAUAAGUACUUCGCCUUUCGGCAAGCCGAAGGGGCCAGGACACAGAAACAAGGCAACCACGGCCCGUGGAGUCUGUAGAUCACAGCCGGAAAACGAGCUGGGGAGGAAAGAUG